AUGGCACCGUCAGAUCGUUUGUCCCCAGAGCAAUCUCUUUUGAUCCAUGUUGUGAUUGCUGGCACCACGCUGAUAGUCAGAUGCGUGUGGCGUACCAGUCCAUCUGGCAUGUUCGCCACGCCACUGAUCACUGGUCGCAUUGAGUUUAUCAUGCACUGGCAGUUAGGAAACGAUAUUCCAUUGUCCUUGUGCCAGCCGUCAGCGCCAGAGUCGGGUCACGAGGGGCUCGACUCUCCAGAGUUAUACGACCACUCAGAUCGUCGAAUUUAG